CCAGUUACAUUUUAUAAUUUUAAAGAAUCAACGGAAUAAUUGUGACAUUUAAAGUAUUUUUAAUAUUUUGUAAUAUUCCAUAAAUCUGAAUAGAUAUGUAUUCGAAUAAGAAGAUUCAUCUUGAUAGCGAGGAGGAUGACAAUAAUUCUCUAAUUGAUGCUAACAUUGGUUGUGAUUUUUUGUCAGAAUUUUUUAAUCAUUCAUCUGAAGAAAAAGAAUUAAAUCAUGCAAAAUUUUUCUUAAAUGAUAAUUAUCAAACAUUAGUGGAAGAUACGACUUCAGAUUCUAGUUUUAACAAUUUCAAGCCAGACAAUGUUAAGAAGAAUUUAUUUAGAAAAAAAAUUGAUCUCAAGCAUGCCACUGGACAAUUAGAGAGGGAAAAUAUUACUCAAGAAAGGAAAAAGAAAGACCCUACAAAAGAAUAUUCUCCAUCAUUAACUUAUCUAAAAAGAAAAUCAACUAUGGAGAAAAAUGAACUGAAGCGUGCCAUUAAACAGUUAAAGAAGAAAAACAUUAUUCAAGAAAGGUCAAUUGCAGAUUAUCAAAUAAAGCUUUCUCAAUGCAUGUCAGAUCUUUUAAUUACAAAAAAGGAACUUGAAAGGACUAAAAGUGCACAAGAACAAUAUGAAAUAGAAAAUGCAAAUCUAAAAUGCUCUGUUAAGCAGAUUGAGGAGGAACUAUUUCAGUAUAAAGAACGGAAGUUGAAAUGUAAUGAAGAAAACCAGAAAAUACAAGAAUUAGGGGACACAAUAUCAGUUAAAAUGGAAAGCACUAGGAGAAAAAAAAGAAAUUCUGCUACUUAUCACUCACAAUUAGCGAAGAAAGAUGCUCAAUUAAAAAAAUUACAAAAUCAUAAUAAACAACUUAAGAUUUUACUUGCGGAGUUUGGAAACAAACUUUCAGAAGCUGGGCUUUUAACUAAAAAUUAUAGGAUGGAUAUUUUGCAGAAAUAUGGAAAGGAAUACUUUAUGCCAAAAGCAUCUGAAAGUUUAAGUGGAAGUGAUGACUUACCUGAAAAAACACCUGGACAUUCCGAAAUUUCUCUCGGAAAUGUGAAACAAAUGGAUUCUGAUAAUUUUGAUACUUACAUAGAAGAUCAAAAUGAUACUUCUUCUGUUGCUUUUCCAACACCAUCUGUAAUUUCAAGUAAUGAAAUAACUAGCAGCAUUUGUCAAAGCAUAGAUGCAUUUGAAAACGAGUUAUAUAAUCUGACAAAUAAAAAUGAAUAUUCCAAGAAUUCAACUAAUCCUGUUGUUACAAGCAGUAAUUCUCAGAUUGAUUUAACUGAUUCAAAUGAGGAAAAUGAUAUCUUAGAUGUUGAUAUUCAGCAAACAAAAUCCUCUGCUGAAAGUGGAAAGAAUUUUUACAAAAAUUCAGACGCCAUGCCAACUAAUUUUUCAGGAAAGCUUAUUCCUCAGAAUUGUAUAGAAAAAUUUAGUUCCGUAAAUACUCCAAAUACAUAUACAAAUAAUCAAGAUCUAAACAUUUCUUCAUCGUCUUCACUGGAACCAUCCCAGUCAACAGGUGAAGAAAUUACAAGUUGUAAUAAUAUUCAUGCUGUGUCAUUUCAGAGCAAGCUUGUUUAUAAUUUGCCUACUAAAAAAGAAAGUCCGGAAAAGAAUGUGUCUGCUUUCAACAGCUCAAAUGAUACUGAACAAGAUAAGCUGUGUGAGUUUUUGUCCGAGAGAGUAAAUCCUAAGAACGAAACAAUUGAUCCUGGUAAUGAAGGUAUAAUAGGAAAUACUCUGUUACAAAAACAAAAUGUUUGUUUUAACCAAGUUGAAGAGGUACUCAAAACUGCAAAAGUAUCAUCCUGCAACAAUAUUUUGCUACCUUCAUCUGGGACAAAAAGUUUUGUUGAAGAGAAGAAAAUAAAAUCAUGUUUUGAGCAAACAUUAUCUGUUGGUAUAUAUACUGAGAAGGAAUCCUUACCGAUUACAUCUGUCUCUCUCAAGGGAGAUUCACCGCUUAGAGAAUUUAACUGUACUACAUCUGAAAGUGCAUUUAAAAAGAAUCUAGCCUGCAAACAGAGCCCUCUAAAAGAAUUGGGAAAGCGUAUUAUUAAUGAAAGCAAAAUUUCUGAUGUUUCAAUACAAGGGACUGUUUUUGAAAACAAAUCGGUAACUAAUAAUCUGGAAUCAGCAUCUGACUUUCUGGAAACUGCAUUUUCUCUUCAAGAUGACCAAUCUUUAUCUGACAAUGAAAGUAGUGAUUUUGAUGAGUUUUCCAAGUUUGAAAAUUUGUUUAAUAUGUUGCGGAAUCCUGUUUCCCCAUUACCCCCAUCUCCAAAUAAAAAUAGUCAGUUUCUCAAAAAUGAAAGUAUUUUAAAGAAAGAUUUGGAAGAAAUCAAAGAAAACUUUCCAGACAGUCAGCUUAAUCCUGCUUCAAAACUAAACAAAGAUAAAAAAUUAUUAUAUGCAAAAGAUAAUUUAUUACAAUCUGGUCCUAGUGUUUCUGCUAAAAAUUUUGCCUUAGAAACACUUAAUGAUUUAAAAUUUGAUAUUCAGCAAAAAUUUGUUGAACAGUGUAAAUCAUUGGAUAAAAAUGUAGUCCAUCAACUAGUUUAUGAGAUACAGGAUACAACAAGCAAUAUUUUUCAUCCAGAGUUACGUGAAUGUUAUGUGUUACUUUCUAGGUGUGAUAUUCCAAAAUAUUUUUCUUCUACUAGAAAACAAAUUUCAUUUCACAUGUUUGAUAAUAAUCAGAAAAACUCCAUUCCUGAAAACUCUAAUUUAAUUACUUCAUAUAAAGCAAAUGAUUUAGUAUUGGAUGAUAGUAAUAAUAAAACUUCUGUAAAAAAUCAGAACAAAACUGCAGAUAUAAAAUAUCUAUCUACAUUACCAGCUUUUUCUGAAAAUGAAUCAGAUACCAGAUGUGGCUAUGAUGUUUCAUAUCAAAAACCAUUUAGUACCAUUAAUAUAAAAAAUAUAGCUUGUUAUUCUCAGCUGCUCCCCUUAAGUAAAACUUCAAAUUUUCAUAAAGAGGAACCUUUGAAUGAUCUUAUUCAUGAUACAAAACUCUGUACCAAAGAUUGCAAUGCAUGUUCUGAGUUGAAAAAUUCUCAUGAAUCAAACAUUUCAAGAAUCGUUACAGAUGGAACAUCUUCGGUCAAUAUGAUAGAAUUGUCUACAAAUAGAAAGAAAAAUAUUUUAAAAACUUCUGAAAUACAAGAAUGUUUUGUGAAACUGUCAAGAAGUGAUAUCUCAAAUUAUUUUAGGAACCUUAGAAACAAAACUCCAUCCCAAAUAGUUCAUUAUUAUAACAAUCAGUUAACUAAUUCACCAUUAAAAAAUACAAGCCCUGAAACUUUUUUAGAAAGCAAAGAUAAUAAUUAUUUUCCACAUGAUGAUUCUACAAUAUCUGCACAUGUUGUUUAUUUUGAUAAUAUGCAACAAAAAAAUAAAAAAAUAAACAAUCUAUUAGAAACAGAAAUGCCAGAUGAAAAUCACAAACUGAUAUCUUGUUUUAAUAAUGUUGAAAAUUCUUUUAAAUCUGUUAAUUUGCAAUCUGCAGAAUUCUCAAUGUUUGAUGAUAAUAAUACUUCUGAUAGAAUAAAAUCUCCAAGCGAGAAAUUGGCGGUGUCAAAUUCUCAAAAUUUAUCAACAGAAAUUUAUCAUAAGAAUGCGUCUAUUGUCUCUGUGGAACUCCCUAUAAAUAAUGAACAUUCAUUAAAAAGUUUGAAAUCUCAAAAUGGUUCUUUGGUUAAAUGUCAUGUACCAUCAGCAGAUUCUAAUAAUAUAACUGAUAGAUUAAAAUUAUUGAACAAGAAAUCGUCUGUAUCUAUUUCUCAAAAUUCAUCUGGUGCAAAAAUGUAUCAUGAUAAUUUAUCUGUUGACUCUGUGGAAGAAUCAAUCAAUCAUUUCAAUCAAAAUUCAGCUAAAUCUGAAAAUUGUUCAUUGCCUGUGGCAACUUUUCAGAAUUCAUCAGACAUAGAAACUUUUCAUGAAAGUUCAUCUGCAAUUUCUCUAGAACUUCCUAUAAACACUGAACCUCAAGAAUAUCCAAUGAAAAGAAAAAGAUCCGAAACUUCUAACUGUAAUUUUUCCAAAAAGACUUCUCUAAAAAAAUGGUGUCGUGACUUCUUUGAUAAUAAGCCUUUACUUGAGAAAAGAAGUACUAUCCUUUUACCUGGACCUUCUGCAUCUACAAAGUGGAAGAAAUCAUCAAUAUUGAAUGGAGAUUCAUUGCCUAGUGAAUCAAAAACGAUCCAAACAGAAUCAUGUACUCCUACAUAUCCCUCUCUGAAAUUUCAGAAAAAAAUAACCUCUAUUUUAGAAACAAAAAAUUCAUUGAAAAAGAAAAUAAAGCCACUUGACAGUGGAAUGACAUGUGUAGCCCCUAUUCGAAUAAAUGGAAGAACCUCUAAAAGUAAAGCAUUUGUCAAAAUAUCUUGCAAUAAGGAUAUAAAUAAUAGCAGAAUUUCAAAUAGAAUUUUAAGUAAAGAAGUGGACAUUUCUUUGCCACAGCUUAAUCACGAAGAAAAUAUGGAAAAUUACAUAAAUAUAAACCCUCCCAAAGUUCGCAAACAAUACAAGCGAAAGUCUUCAAGUGAGACCCAUGUAUUGGAUAAUGUAAAUAAAGAAUCACCAAAGUUAUUAGAACAAUCUGUUUCUUCACUGGAGCAAAAUCAGCUGGAUACAAAAUCAAGUCCAGAACAGGUGAAUAAAGGAUGUGAAAAACAAAAUUUCCCAUUAAUAAAAUCAGAAGAUUGCAUUGAUAUAAAAAUCAAUAAAAAUAUAAUUACUGAUGGAAAUGGUCACGAUGAAGAUUUUAGCUGUAGGAAAGAAGCAUUUUCUGAUUCUGUUAUCAAAAUUAAUCAUAAUUCUACUGAAGAUUUUAUGGAGAAUAAUUCUUCAAAUGUGUCUCAUUGUGCAAAUGAAAUAUGUUCAAAUUCAUUUGAGCAAUCAAUUCCUUCACAGGCAGACCUUCAUACUUCUGGAGCAGAAUUUUUGAAACAGUCUAAACAAAUUAAUGCUACUAAUCUUUUCUUUGACUUUCUUCAGAAAGAAACUUCUAAAAAAUACAGAGUUGAUCAAAUUAAGCAGUAUAUUGACAAACAGUUGUUGGUUAAUAAAAACAAAAGUAAAUUUAAAAAUAGUAAGAAGUUGUCUGUUAAUAAAAGUGAGAGUAAAUUAAAAAAUGAGAGCAAACAUUCCAUCAAUACAAUUGAAAAUAAAUUAAAAAAUUGCAGCAAAAAGUUGUUAGCCAAUAAAUCUAAGCACAAAUUAAAAAAUAAGAAAAAAAAUUUGCCAGUCAGUAAAUUUGAGAAUAAAUUAAAAACUGGGAAUGAAAAGAGUGUUAAAGCUGAGAUACCCACAAAAAUGAACAAACUGAAAAUAGAGAAAUUAAGUGAAAACAUUACUAAAGUUUCAAGUCCUUUAAGUGAUAUUCUACAUGGUAUCGAAUCAGUGCAAAGUACUGAUGAAAAAUUUAAGCAGUAUCUACAUUCAUUAAUCAACUUUUUAAUUAAUCCAUUGCACUCACCAGAUCUGGAAAAUUUAAUUUAUCUUGUUGUAAAUUUUCUGCAUCUAAACAGAGAAAAUUAUUUCAUUGAUUUGCCUAAAAUUCAUUCAGAAUAUUGUUUCUUACCUUCUGCAGAAAGUUGUAUUGUUGAAGCACUAUUCACUAUUCAGAAUGAUUCAAAAAUGCAUAUGCAGUGCUUGAUAAAAACUUUUGUGCAUAUAUUGCAUCAGUUAAUUCUGACAAAGAUAAAAUUUAAUAUUUAUGGACUUGCAUCCCUAUGCAGAGUUCUGGCAGCAAUUUGCAAACGAAAUGAUGAUAAAGCAGAAAUUCUGUCUUUAUGUUAUGAUAUACUGAAAGUAAAGCAUCCAUUUGGUCCCUACUUGAUUGCAUCGGUUGUUGUGGUUUGGAAAGAAGCAUUUACGAUUUCAGACAACAUGUCAGAGAACGAGAUGCUGCUUCGAUGUCUAUCACUUGGAUUUCAGAAAAAACCUGACAGACUAUCUAAAAAUAACUGGAAUUAUUGCCUUGAGUUGUUAACAGGAUUACUUCCAUGUGUUCCAGAUGUAAAUAAAGUUAUAGAGUUUCUUAAGAACAGAAUCCUUAUAAAAUGUCUAGAUAAUAGUUUUGAAGAAUUAUGGAAAUUAUCUUCUCCAUUUCUAAUUUUGGUUUCCCAAAUGCCAUGGGAUUGGAUAAAAACUCAUAUAAUUGAUAUGUACAUUAUACCUAAUUUGCAAAGAUUUUCUCGUCAUGAUUCAAAAGAAGAAGCUUUUGAUUUAUUUUGCAAUCUUUGUGUGGAAGUGCUUUUAUUUAAUAAAAAAUUAAAUGAAGAUGAAAUAUUGAACAUGUUUUAUGAAAAUCUAUCUCUUACAGGUAAAAAUUUUGUUCGGGAUUGUGUUGCAGCUUCACUUAUGAAGUAUUUCAUUUUGUCAAAAAGAACUGUGCCUCCAUUCUUAGAAAACUGGCUUAAAAACAAUCAAGACAAUCCUAAGUUACGAAUAUUUGAAAAUAUAUUCCAGCAGAGGCUUAUGUCUGAACACCCAGAAAUUUUGUCAAAACAAGAUAUUAUUAAAUGAAUAAGUGUUGACUGUUAUUUAAUUUCAUUGUAUUUAAUUAAAUAAAAGUGAUUCAUUAGAUUUUGGCACGAGAAUUGAUUUGUCUCCUAUCUUACUAAAAUUAAUUACGAAUUUUAAAGGAAUUUAUGUUUAAUAGUAAGUAUUUAAAAAUAUAUUAAAAGUAUACUUUGAAAUAUUUACUUUAGAAACAUAGUUUGAAAAUGAUUAAUAAAAUUAAUACACAACCUCAAAACGAACUAUACUCUGAAUGAUCU